AUGGCCAACGACAAUACAGUGCCGCUCGACGUCUGCUCGCUUCCACACGUGGCCUGGCGGCGCAUCGCGCACUUCCUAUCUGACGAUUUGACCGCACUCCUUGGGAUCUCGUCUUUAAGCUCGGCACUGCAGGACAUAUGUCGACCUCACAUCUCGUCAUUCUUUCGCACGAUUGUGCACCCGAUUGCUCCUCUUUCGUCAAGCUAUUUCUACCAUUCCAUACUCCAGCUGGUUUUGGAAGGACAUCUUGAUUCAGCGGCCAUUCAUGCCUUCUACUACACCGCACAAUAUCAGACCAAGCCUACGUUUGAGCCAACUUUAACCGUCCGUACGAUCGAUCGAUUGUUUCACCAAGCAGUCCGGGCAUCGCAUUUCAUCCCUUCCGAUCAAGAAGAAGAGGUCUACGUCCGCUGGAAGCAUGGCGAUCGAGAGGCAGCGCUAGCGGUCUUGCUCCCAAUAUGCACGAGGCUGAAGAUGCUUGAAAUUCCACGAGGACAGCUGUGUGCUGCUCUUUUCGAAAAUGUUGCUCGGGAGUAUCAGCGCCAAGGUUACGCCGCAGAAGAAUGCAGACGAAGUGCCAAAGUCGCCGCACGCAGAGAUGCCAACCGUGGAGCAACGCCCCAAACUCAGGUCACAGGGAUGUCCGCUGAACUGCCCUUCUCCGAACUCCUGGUGCUAUACCUUAGCGCUCAUCAACAUGGAUAUUCGAUGCCGUUGGAUGAGAUUGUCCCUUUCACGGGCAUUCCCUCGUUACAGCGAAUGGUCUUUGAAGGUGUUCGAGAGGGUAUGCCGCGGAUGGUCCAUGGUCGUCGAACAUUGUCCGGUUGGCCGAGUGGGUUCACAUGCCACUGCCCAGAGAUCUACUUUCAGCAGUCGUCGGUCUCCAAGGCGGUCGUUCUUACCUUUGCCGAAGGCCUCACUGCUCCCUGCGAGAUACGUCAGUGGUAUGAGCGGCCUCGGCCUGACGUCCAAGACAGCAACGCUGAUGACCCAGAAUGGGAUACUGUUGUUGUUCGGCAAGGUGCAAACGGCGCGAAGGUGAUUGAGGCACGACUGACGUAUGAAGGCGGUAACCCAGGGUACGAACAUGCUUGGGUCAGUUGGCUGUAUUGGGGCAAGAUGCUCGAUUGGGCUCGACUGGAUGAACCGUUUGAGGUGCAAGACGGCGAUGAGAAUGAAGAAUGGCUUCAAGGUCUUUUGGUGUAA